UAUUUCGACUAAUUUCUGGGAAAACGAAUCUGCUGCAAGUCUUUUGAGAAUCUGUCCUGUUCUUAAAGAUUUGGUUGUGGACCAGACCAAAGUAUUCAGUAGUAACGUGUGUGCUUCUAUCACUUGCAGUGCCCUAAAAACAUUGAUACUCGGUGGACUAACUAUCAACGCUGUUCCACCAUCGUUUUCCAUGCCAUCACUCAAAGCUAUGCAACUUUUGUCUGUUAAGUUCUCUGGAGGCGAAUCAGUUUUAAGUCUUUUACAAAAAUGCCCUGUUCUUGAGGAUUUGGUUGUUAACCAAACACAAGUAUUCGAUAGUAAUGAGUGUACUAUGAGUAGUUGCAGAACAUUAAAAAAGUUGACGCUCAGUGAACUAAGUAUCAAGGCGGUUCCGCCUUGGUUUCGCUUGCCAUCGCUCAAAACUCUGCACCUUUUAUCGGUCAAGUUCUCGGGUGAAGAAUCCAUUGCAAGUUUCUUACCGGUUUGCCCUGUUCUCGAAUGUUUGGUUGUGGACCGAACCAAAGACGACAGUGUGAUGUUCGAGGACGUUCCGGUUUGGUUUUGUUUGCCAUCACUCAAGAGUCUGCACCUUUUAUCUGUUAAAUUCUCGGACGAAGAAUCUUUUUCCAAGCUUAUAGAAAGAUGCCCGGUUCUCGAAGAUUUGGUUAUAAACAACACCUUGGAUGACAAUGUGAUGAUAUUCAACAUCGAUACACCUUCUUUGAGGAGCUUAUCUAUCGUUAACUCUAUAAGAAAAAAUCCCCACGUUAUGGAAAAGCAUGGGUUUGUGAUAAAUGCUCCUUCUUUGGAGAAAAUAAACUUUAAAGAUACAUUCAGUAACCUUCUAGUGUUUGAGCAUAUGCCAGCGGUGACCGAGGCUAAUAUCCAGGUUAUUUGUGGCCAGUCUAAAAAGUUCAUAGGAUCUUUUACCUCAAUCCGUCAACUAUCUGUAUGUUCUCUAUCUUCAGAGACUCCAUAUCCUAGUGGCACUAUCUUCCCUUAUCUUGAACAUCUAGAGCUAUGUACAUGUUCUGCGGGAUGGGCCAAUCUACUUGUUUGUAUACUUAAAGACGCUCCAACACUCAGAUAUCUCAAGCUUAAGUCGCAACAUGGUGCCGAUUACAAUGAUCCGAUGAAUUACUGGAACAAACCAACAGCUGUUCCAGAAUGUUUAUCAACGCAUCUCGAGAUCAUGGAAUGGAGACAAUAUGAAGGCACAGAGGAAGUGAUGAACGUGGCUGCUUACAUACUAGCAAACGCAAGAUGUUUAAAGACGGCUACGUUCUCAACAAGAUGUGGAGACAAACAUCACAGCAUGCUCAGAGAGUUAAGGAGUCUGAAGAGAGGUUCAGAUACAUGUCAAUUAUUGUUUGACUAAACUUUUAUGUGAUGUGGAGUGGUGUGUUUCUUCUAGAAGACACAUAUGAUUCUUUAGGUUUCUUCUGUCCUUGUCUCUGACUUUAUUUUAGUUU